AUGUCGGACGUUUACAAGAAAGCCAAGCCCGGCCGCCUCGUCUUCAAGGGCGGCGAGGCCGCCACCCUCCGCAAGCCCAAGAAGCAAAAGAAGAACAAGAAGCCCGCCGACGAUGUCCCCGCCGACGCCGACGCUGAAGCCGCCGCUGCCGCUGCGGCCACGGAGGGUGCCGAAGCCGGAGGCGACUACACCAUCGACGCGGCGAAGCGGAUGAAGUACGAGGAGCUGUUCCCCGUGGAGACGAGGAAGUUCGGGUACGACCCGUCCAACGCCGCCCGCACCUCCCGCGACCGCACCGUCGAGCAGGCCCUCGACGACCGCGUGAGGAAGAAGGCCGACCGCUACUGCAAGUGA